AUGGAGGUGCUGCACCAAGAAUCUGACAGAAUACUUGAAAACGUUAUCAAUGAACAUAAGAUGUCUGACAAGAGUGAAAUAAAUAAAGAUCUGGUUGAUGUUCUCUUAGGAUUUCAAGGGUGUGAUGACCUUCAAUUUUCCUUAACAACCGAGAACAUCAAAGCAGUUAUUUUUGAUGUUUUUGUUGGUGGCAGUGACACAGUUGCAACAACAAUCGAUUGGGCUAUGUCUGAGAUGUUAAAAAAUCAAAGAUUAAUGAAAAAGGCGCAAGAUGAGGUGAGAGAAGUCUUUAAUAGAAAAGGAAAGAUUGAUGAAACAAGUAUUAAUGAAAUGAAAUUCUUGAAGCUUGUAAUAAAAGAGACUCUGAGAUUACAUCCUCUCGUUCCUUUGUUAGCUCCAAGAGAAUGUGGAGAGAGAUGUGAAAUUAAUGGAUUUAACAUACCUGCUGAUACAAUAAUUGUGAUGGAACUAUGGGAGUUUGGACUGAACAAAGAUAUGGAACAGCAAGAUAAUAAUAAUAUUUGA